GUAUUGAGUAUUCUUCGUACAAGUGCGCAGGUGUAGUAAUUGUGAAAUCUUAUUUCCUGCGCAGACCCUCUUUCUGAUGACCCAUGAUCCGGAGGUGUUCCGAAAAUAUUAUCGGAUGACACCAGAGACAUUCGAAAAACUGCAUUCGUUGCUAGAAACAAGGCUUUCAAAGCAGUGGGUUUUACGGGAGCCCGUGCCCUCACGAUGCCGCCUUGCCAUCACAUUGAGAUACCUAGCAUCGGGGAUGCAAAUUCAAGAUGUUGCCAUGGCAUUUAAGGUAGGCAUAUCGACUACCAGUAACAUUGUGAAGGAAGUAUGUGCACUUCUGUGGGAUGUCCUUCGGCCCAAGUGUAUGAAGUUCCCAGCAAACGUUGAGCAGUGGCAGGAUAUUGCCAAGGGCUUUGAGAGCAGGUGGGAUUUCCCACACUGCAUAGGUGCUGUGGAUGGGAAGCAUGUCCAAAUAGAAGCCCCUCCGCAUUCGGGAUCUCAAUAUUUUAAUUAUAAGGGCACCUACUCCAUCGUUCUAAUGGCUGUAGUGGACAGCCAGCUACGAUUUGUCUGCAUUGAUGUGGGCGCAUACGGAUCGCAGAGUGAUGGUGGUGUAUUCAAGGCAUCGAAGAUUGGGAAACUUCUCAGCCAAGGUGCUUUAAACCUGCCUCCUCCUCAGCUGCUCCCACUGUCCACUGCCGUAGCCCCUUAUGUCUUUGUCGGCGACGAGGCGUUCCAGUUGAGGCCAGACUUCCUGCGGCCGUACCCUGGCAGGUGCCUCGCAGAGGACCUGCGCCUCUUUAACUACCGCCUCAGCAGAGCAAGGUAACGCGUAACUUAAAUUUAUUCGUAAUAGGUUCUACUAUAAUGUUUGUCUUG